CACAUUAUCUCAAGAAAAAAGAAAAAUGGCAACGAAGAGUUGUGAAUUAGUCCUCUGUUUCUUCGUCUUUUUCGUCAUAAGCUUCAGUGCAAUUUCUGUUUCUGCACAAACUUGUGACAAUACUACUGGGACUUUCAUACCCAAUAGUCCUUAUGAUAAGAACCGCCGACUCAUCCUCUCUACUCUAGCUUCUAACGUCACGGCUCAGGAGGGCUACUUCAUCGGUUCGAUUGGGAUUGCUCCUGACCAAGUCUUUGCCACCGGGAUGUGCGCUCCAGGUUCUGAGCGUGAUGUUUGCUCUCUCUGUAUCAGGUCCACAUCAGAGAGUUUACUACAAAGCUGUCUGGACCAGGCAGAUGCUUUCUUCUGGUCAGGUGAAGAAACCCUUUGCCUUGUUCGCUACGCUAACCGCCCCUUCUCUGGAUUGCUCGUCAUGGAUCCACUAGGAGCGAUAUUCAACACAGGAGAACUCAAUACGAAUCAGACUGUGUUUGAUAUCGAGUGGAAUAAUUUAACUUCUAGUAUGAUCGCCGGAAUAACUUCUUCUUCAUCAGGGGGGAACAAUUCGUCUAAGUACUACUCAGACGAUAUAGCUCUUGUGCCGGAUUUUAAGAACAUAUCAGCGUUGAUGCAAUGCACACCAGACGUUUCGUCAGAGGAUUGUAACACUUGCUUACGGCAAAACGUUGUCGACUAUGAUAAUUGUUGCCGUGGGCACCAAGGCGGCGUUAUGUCAAGGCCAAACUGCUUUUUCCGAUGGGAAGUGUAUCCCUUCUCUGGUGCUAUUGAUCAGAUUAAUUUACCAAAGUCACCGCCGCCUUCAGUUACAUCCCCGUCUCCUAUAGCCAACAUAACCAAGAAUGGAAAGUCCUUGUUGGAACAUUUUCAGAAAAUUGUCUUGUUUUGUUUCUGUUUGUUUUUUUUUCUUUUUUUGGUUUUUUUUUCUUUGUUUGUUUCGGAAUCUGUUCAAUUUGAUUUAAAGACAAUUGAAUCGGCGACAAGCAACUUUUCCGAACGUAACAAGCUUGGUAAAGGUGGAUUCGGUGAAGUUUACAAGGGUAUGCUCAUGAAUGGCACUGAAAUUGCGGUGAAGAGAUUGUCGAAAACAUCAGGACAAGGUGAAGUAGAGUUCAAGAACGAGGUUGUUGUUGUUGCAAAGCUUCAACACAUAAAUCUUGUUAGACUUCUCGGGUUUUCGCUACAAGGAGAAGAGAAGUUACUCGUCUAUGAGUUUGUUUCAAACAAAAGCCUCGAUUAUUUCCUCUUUGAUCCUACGAAGAGAAAUCAGUUGGACUGGACAAUGCGACGCAAUAUCAUCGGUGGCAUUACUCGAGGGAUUUUAUAUCUUCAUCAAGAUUCGCGGCUGAAGAUCAUACAUCGUGACCUCAAAGCGAGUAACAUUCUCUUAGAUGCGGAUAUGAAUCCAAAAAUCGCUGAUUUCGGAAUGGCAAGGAUCUUUGGAGUGGACCAAACUGUUGCCAAUACAGGAAGAGUGGUUGGAACCUUUGGUUACAUGUCUCCUGAGUAUGUGACACAUGGCCAAUUCUCAAUGAAAUCAGACGUCUAUAGUUUUGGAGUAUUGAUUCUUGAGAUCAUUAGUGGCAAAAAGAAUAGCAGCUUCUACCAAAUGGAUGGCUUAGUUAACAAUUUAGUCACAUAUGUCUGGAAACUUUGGGAGAACAAAUCAUUGCAUGAGCUCUUAGAUCCCUUUAUCAACCAAGAUUUCACAAGCGAGGAAGUCAUUAGAUACAUUCAUAUUGGACUGUUAUGUGUUCAAGAAAAUCCUGCAGAUCGACCAACAAUGUCUACGAUUCACCAAAUGCUCACAAACAGCUCAAUCACUCUGCCUGUGCCUCUGCCUCCUGGAUUUUUCUUUAGGAACGGACCAGGAUCGAACCCGGGUCAGUCGAACAGCAAGUCUUUUGCUUGUUCUGUAGAUGAAGCAACAAUCACGGACGUUAAUCCUCGUUGAAAAUUCAGCAUUUGGUUUUUUCUUGUUUCCACAAACGUCUAUCAUUUAUUUAUUGUCCGUUUAUGAAAAAGUUUACAAAGGGUCAUUUUUUCAGGUUGAAGAUUCAAAUUUG